GGGAAGCUCCGCUUGCGGGGAUCAGGGAGGGAGGAUCCUGGAGCCAGAGCCAGCGCCACCCUUCGCCCGGAUCAACAGGACGGGACAGGUUGAGGGGCGUCGGGGAAAGGAAAAGGGGGUGCUAUAGGCAUUCUCCGGGGAGGAUUAGGAAGCCCUGUCGCAGGAAGCUAGGAAGCACUGACUUGUUGGGAGCCUGUUCACAUUUGGGGACUGGUGACAACGUGGGUGCACUCCUCUUGUGGGGGGCUAGUUAGAUUGGAGUGCUGAGAUAUAAAGAGCACGGCUGUCCCUGAGGAAAUUUAAGGGGCAACGAGGAAAAGAAAAAAAAACCCAAACCAAAAACCAAUGCUCUUUAUUUUGAGGUGACAGAGGGUCCUCCAGACAACCACCUGGUGUAUACACUAGAAGGAGUGGAUUUGGAGGUGACUUCAAAAAGAGUGGAGGGUGACAGGUGAGGAAAGGGUCUCAGCAGCUGGAACACUAUGCUCCUAGAAAUGAGGGUGACAGUCAAAAAAAGCCUCCAGUUAGAGGAUCUGGGAACCUCUUCUCACUGAACCUAGACAACCAGACAUUUUAGCGGGGAUUUCAGUGAAAAGUGGGAGAUCCCCUUCAUUUAGAAGGUAGCAAAGGAAAAAGUACCAAGGGUUAGAUUCCUCCUUGACAUUGAACAGUAGCCCCAAGAGUGGGGUGAACUAAUAUCCCCAAAGCUGAGGACCCACACCUUUUAGAUGACAAGAGUGCAUUUCUCAGGACUGUGGGCCCCAAAAUAGGGUGGAAAGAUGCCCGGGGAUAUUAGGACCACAUCCUAGAAAUUUUGGAGGUCUCGGCUUUGGGAUAGUGGAAGUGGGGACAGAGACACAGGAGAGGAAGGAAGGGGGGAGUUUUCAGUAGGGGACAAAAUUGGAGGGUGAGGUCAGCUGAGGAGUACAGAGGCUGCGGGAUCCGGUGCAGCUAGUAUAGGGCUCAAGGGUGAGGGCUGGCAGCUUUUGGGGGUACCUGGGGGAGUCUGAGACUUAUCCUCAGGUCCUGUGGGUGGGGCAAUGAGUUGGGGCCAGAGCGUCAAGAGCAUGCCUUGGUGAGAGCGCUUCUCUGGAGCAGCCCAGCGCGCUCCAGGCGCCUGCUGGUUUGGGGGUGUCUCCUCCCGGGGCGCCAUGGCGGCGCUGGCCAGUAGCCUUAUCCGGCAGAAGCGGGAGGUCCGCGAGCCCGGGGGCAGCCGACCGGUGUCGGCGCAGCGGCGCGUGUGUCCCCGCGGCACCAAGUCCCUUUGCCAGAAGCAGCUCCUCAUUCUGCUGUCCAAGGUGCGACUGUGCGGGGGGCGGCCCGCGCGGCCUGACCGCGGCCUGGAGCCUCAGCUCAAAGGCAUCGUCACCAAACUGUUCUGCCGCCAGGGUUUCUACCUCCAGGCGAAUCCCGACGGGAGCAUCCAGGGCACCCCAGAGGACACCAGCUCCUUCACCCACUUCAACCUGAUCCCUGUGGGGCUCCGUGUGGUCACCAUCCAGAGUGCCAAGCUGGGUCACUACAUGGCCAUGAAUGCUGAGGGGCUGCUCUACAGCUCGCCACAUUUCACAGCCGAGUGUCGCUUUAAGGAGUGUGUUUUUGAGAAUUACUACGUCCUGUAUGCCUCUGCUCUUUACCGCCAGCGUCGUUCUGGCAGGGCCUGGUACCUAGGCCUGGACAAGGAGGGCCGGGUCAUGAAGGGAAACCGAGUCAAGAAGACCAAGGCAGCUGCCCACUUUGUGCCCAAGCUCCUGGAGGUGGCCAUGUACCGGGAGCCUUCUCUCCACAGUGUCCCUGAGACCUCUCCUUCUAGUCCUCCUGCCUCCUGACCUGUAGUCCUUGGACUGGAGGCUCCCUGCAGCCAGCCACCACCACAGCCCUGCUCCUGGCCCUGCUCUUACCCUUGCUGCCACACAUGCCCUGAGCAGCUGGGUCACCAGGUGCUCUACCCUGAGGGAGCCUCAGGGCUGGCUGGGACUUCCAGGUCUUCUGGGACUCUUAGACCCUUGGGCCAGAGAGGGUGAUAUCUGAAAAUGGUCCUGCUGAUCACUUCUUUUUUCCCACACUAACACCGUUCUCCAAAGCCUUGUCCUGAGGUGGCAUUAGGGUUUCCCAAAUUGACAGAGGUAGGGCAUAAACACUCUUACCUCCCACUCAGCCACUUUCUGGAGCCCUGUGCCCCUUUUCAUUGCCACUGAGCCAUAGAUUUAUAGGUCCACUGGAGCUCAGGACCAGUUUCCUUCUUUCCCUGCUCUACCUUCUGCCUUGGUCUUGUCAGGUUCCGAAACACCAAAAACCCAGAGGGGCCACUUCUUUACUAGGGCUCUCUGUUGGACCCCAGGCAUGCUGCCAGGCUGUGUUCUGGAUUCAGCAAGCUUCUAUCCAUGACCCAGGUGAAUCCCUGGCUUCUAAGUAGAGAGAGGCUGGCUUAUAACCCUGUUGAGUAGUCAGCCCUGGCCUGAACUGGGACCAGUCUCAGAUCACCACUGGUUUAACAUUCUUAUCCCAGAGACCCUCAAUACUAAAGCAUGGGGUUCUAGAUCUUUACGGAGCCAUACUUCCUCCUGAAUCCCAGCUCUAGGACACAGACCAUGACCCUCAGCUCUUCUCUCUAGGAUGGAUCUGAGGCCUGUAUAGCCAUAUUAUUGCUCUAGAGUAAGUUCUAGACCCACACUUUCAUUUUCUGUAGUGAUACCUAUUAAGAAUGAGCUCUGGAAAGGACCUAGCUCUGAUUCACAUAGAACUGAUUAGUUCUAGUUGACUCAAGAACUACCUUUUGUUUUUCCUAGGUAAUUUUCUAAAAAUCUUAUCCUUCUGUAUAGAAUGCUAACCUUAUUUUUAAAUGCAAUUUCUAGCUGCUGCAACCCAGCUGGGGUCCUGUCAGAGAGAGUCUGGAGAAGGACAGAGGAAUUUUGGCUGGAUCCCUGGCUCAUGAUAGGGAAGCUCGGGGAGGGGGUGAGCAUGGCAUGACUGAACCUGUGUCUGGGUUAGGGGACAUGACCACUUAGCUACCUCAGCAGGAAUUCCUUCCAGGCCCCCUUUAAAGCUGAGGUCUUUUUGCCAAGUGUGACUAGAAUAAAAGGACAAAUGAGGGACAUCCUUAAUACCCUCCCCAAGUGCAAAUACCCUAAUUCAGCAAUAAGUCCCUCCCCUCUUCCUACUGGUCAGGCCAAGGAGUAUGAGGGCCUGUUGGGCUCAAGACCUCAUACAAUCCCAGAGCUUCUAACUGAAUAGAACUUGCUUUAUCUUACAGCUUAUAACCUCAGCUGGGUUUUCAGUACCCAAACAGGGCCAGACUAGAUUAUUCUGAAAAGCAGUGAGACCUACUAGUAGGAUUGGAAGAGCCCUGAAAACCACUAGAGAACCAGGAAGGAGACCCGGGUCCCGCAGACCUGGGCAGGAUAGGCUGAGGAGGCCCUAAGGGAGAGGCUAGUGCUCAAAGGCAGGUCAACUUUCCUCAGGCUCUUUUACUUCUGGCUUGUUACAAAGGGGGUAGAUGCCCGCCUCACCGAUACAAACCCGCUCAGGCGCCACUCAUUCCCUGGCUCUGCUCCUAGGGGACUGGUUCUCCACUUCAUGCUUUCUCAAUUAAAGACGAUUUAUACAACCGAA